CAUGUACAAUAUCUGAGCCUGAAGUCACAGCUGUCUGCACACACACGCACACAGGGGUCGGUGAGGAUGGUUAAACUGCUUCAGUCGUCGCUCAGCUGGAACUGAAAGAACGAGUGAUCAUGGCUGCAGUCGGAGCAGAGUUCACCAGCUCUUGGUUCCUGGCAUCAGGAGUCAUCAGUUUCUUCAUCCUCCUCCUCCUCCUCUCCAUCUUCCUCACAGCUCUGUGCACCGAUUGCAAAAGACGUUCAUUUGAGCUGCGAGAGCCUCAACCGGACAAAUAUCCUCCAGCUCUCAUCAGAGUGGUGAAGCUGGAGGAGGUGGCGAGGGAGAAUCCGAUGAUCAAUGAGAUCCAAAAUGAUGAAAAAGAGUUUAAACCUGAAGGAAACUCCGUCCCGAUCACUCAGUGGAGUAACCACAUGGGGGCGCCACAGCACCAAGAUGGUCAGACCAAUGGCAGCACAGCAGUGAAGACAGGAAGUGAUCUGGAUGCUGUUAUCGAGUCAAAUUCUGAGGCAGACGAGUCGGUGACGUUCACUCCGUGGAGGAGCCACUUGUUGGACUCAGACUCCACAAACAUCUACCAGACCAUCGAAGCACGACGGCGCAGCGGCGACGCGUCAUCACGGCCGACCAUCUGUGAACCGGCGCAGGACGAGGGAGGAGCGGCAGAUCUGAGUGACCGCGACAGAAACUCAGUGUACGCACGAGUCAGCAAGAAGGUGAGACUGGACGCGCCCCCCGUCAUCACACCUGAGAAACAGGUGGAGGACAAGGAGGAGGAGGAGGAGCCUUCACCUCCGCUGCCUGACAGGAAGGAAGAGCUGGAAGGAUGAUGAUGAUGGUGAAGGACAAAUCAUGAAAGACUGACGAUAAAGGACAAACAACGCAGAAUGAAAAAAAAGGAUAACGGACAACAGAAGGAUGAAACAUAAUAAAUUACAAAACAUGAAAAAAGACAAAAGGACAAAAGAAGAGAUGUGGAUAAAGGAUAAAACAUGAAGGACAAAGAAUAAAGAUGAAGACGGAAACCAAAUGAAAGACAUGGAAGAUGGAGGACGAAGGACAACAUGUGAUCAAUAAAGGUGGAUGUGUCUUAAACCAACAGUCAGUUUUCUAAAUGAACAUAGCAUGUGUUUUUCUUGCUGUAAUGAUUCCUCCUG